AUGCUCUGCUGGCUGGUAGGGUUGAACCAAGAGGGGUACAUUCGGUUUAUCGAGGAGCAUGUUGAAGGAAUUUUAAGGGAGUACAAGAAUGAUGUUUCACAAUCUCCAGAUGCCAUCUAUGUAACCCGGGAUCCUUACAACCUGACCGCUUCCCAUGUCGCCGCCAAACUGACAGAGGCGUGCCUCUACUCGGCAAACAUUCUCCACAAGAUUAAGUACAAGGACUCCAAGGAUGCUUUCAAAGAUUUUAAGUUCGACUCAGAAUAUUCCAAGCUUUGUUAUUCCACCGACGCCGCCUGCCUCCUCUGCCAGCUGCGGGACUGCGUCUACGCCUGCUGCCACCAGUUGGAGUUCCUAAAGGCGCAGUGUAAUCGGAAGGAAUCUGAAGGUGGUUGGCAGAAUUGUCCGUACGGCCAAGAUACCAAGACUCCGUCCCCCCUCCAGGCCUUUUUGACCGACGGACCAGACUCCGACUUCAAGACUCAUCCCUUCGACCCGUGUGACAUCUGCCGCAAGAGCCGUGUCAACAUGGGAUUCAGGGAGGAGUAUUUGCCUAAGAAUCUGCAAACUGGUGAUACCCUUUCCACUAUCCUCACUCCCACCUGCGGCGGCGAGGAUCCCCUGCUGACGCUGUGCUCUUACCUCACGUGCAUCACCAGGCGGACGCCUCGCACCACCGGGGAGCUUGUCUCCUUCUUCCACAAUUUCGGAGGUGAGCUGCACGGUGCAUCUUCACAGUUGUCCAAGCUGGGCUCCGCCCUCUCACAGCCACAUGACGACUGCCCCGACUGGGACCGUCUCAAGGACGCCGACCUCCGAGCCUUCAAGGGCGCACGGGGCUCCGCCCCUCCCACCUCCACCUCCAACCACAACCACUCCGAGGACCAUCCCGAGACCCUGUCAACAAUGCUUGGCUGCGGCAUCGAUAAUGUCAACUGCCCACAACUGAUGACGCCCAUCACCUACCGGGCCUACGCCCUGUACUCUUCCAGCUUCGCCCACCACUACUUCAGCUGGACGGUUUAUCUACCAGACAGACUGUGGAAGUCAUUGCUCAAGUUGCACUAUGAUCUCGAGAAGCUUCAAUGUCAUGACUCCAAGUCCAAGUCCCUCCACCAGUGUACCAAGGCCCUGCCCCUCCUCUACACUCACGGCAUCACCCCGCCGGACGGGGCACUGCAGCCGUCAAUCACGUGUUCGAAGGUCAUCGCCAAGCUGGAGCAGGUGGUCGCCGGAAAGCCUAUCGCAAGCCUCAUUACCGCCAUGGACACAUUCCUCUACAAUAUCAGGACGCCUUUCCUCUACACUGUGUUCUCAUUGUGGCUCACCGCCACGCUCUACAUCGCCCACUCACUACUCUACCGCAUGGACGUCCUGCGCAUCCGCUCCCACCUUCUCACCACCAGGGCCUCCCACCUCAUCGACGUCAAGGCGCUGCUCGCCGGCAGCCGCAGGAUGCUCUCGCUCUACAAGGACAUCGACUACUUCGACGAUGACUUUCACUCAUGA